AAAGGCAUUUUGAGAGAGAGGGGGAGAGUUUAAUUAAUGGAAGAAGAAAACAAGCCGUAAGUGGAGGCGGGUCCGGCGGGAUCACAUUCGUCGCUGGCAGUGGCACCCUCUUCUUCAUUCACUUCAUCAAUCCCAUUUUCCAUUUUUCUUUCUUUAUCAAACCCAAUAAUUCUUGCUUCUUCUUCUCUUUCUCCACACCAAAUUUUAUGCUCAAAUGAAUAAUUUUACAUGAUCUUUGUCAUUUCUUAAGAGAGGGAUAGAAAGAGAGAUUCAGCCCAUGUACAAUCACACAUAUGGGUUCAGACAGCACGCUUACUGCUCAAAAAAGGACGUCCACAGUACUCCCGACAACCAUCGCUGCCGCCGCCAACGGCGGUGCCCGCGGCCGUGCCAAUUCGAUUCUUCCUCGUGGUCGGCAGAACCAAAGGACGUUCAAUAAUAUCAAGAUCACUAUGCUGUGCUUAUUUGUUACGAUUCUUGUACUCCGUGGUACAAUUGGUCUUGGGAAUCUUGCUCCUACAGAGGCUGAUUCUGAGAAUCAGCUUUUAAUCGAGGAGACCAACCGGAUCCUUGCCGAGAUCCGAUCGGAUAAAGAUGCGAACGACCCGGAUGAUCAAUCCGAAGAAUUGUUUAAUCCGAAUAUUACUUAUAGUUUAGGGCCGAAAAUUAGCUCCUGGGAUGCAGACCGCAGGACUUGGCUUCGGAAAAACCCGCAAUUCCCGAAUUAUGUUGACAAAAAAGCUAGGAUUUUGCUGGUUACAGGGUCCCCUCCGAACCCUUGUGAUAAUGCAAUUGGGGAUCAUUACUUGUUGAAGGGUAUCAAGAAUAAGAUUGAUUAUUGUAGAAUUCAUGGGAUUGAGAUUGUGUACAAUAUGGCUCAUCUGGACAUGGAAAUGGCGGGAUACUGGGCGAAGCUGCCAUUGAUUCGAAGGCUUAUGUUGUCCCAUCCUGAAGUGGAGUGGAUUUGGUGGAUGGAUAGUGAUGCAUUGUUUACUGAUAUGACUUUUGAAAUACCUCUUUCAAAAUAUAAUGACUUUAAUCUCGUUAUCCAUGGGUACCCUGAUUUGUUGUUCGAUCAGAAAUCCUGGAUCGCAUUGAACACUGGUAGUUUCUUGUUUAGGAAUUGCCAGUGGUCUCUGGAUUUGUUGGACGCUUGGGCACCGAUGGGGCCAAAGGGGCCGAUUCGAGAGGAGGCUGGGAAGAUAUUAACUGCAAAUUUAAAGGGCCGGCCAGCAUUCGAGGCAGAUGAUCAGUCUGCACUGAUAUACUUGUUGAUUUCAAAGAGGGAUGAGUGGAUGAGCAAGGUGUUCGUUGAGAACACGUCUUAUUUGCAUGGAUAUUGGGCUGCAUUGGUGGAUCGAUACGAGGAAAUGAUGGAGAAGUCCCACCCAGGGUUGGGCGAUGAGAGGUGGCCAUUCGUGACUCAUUUUGUUGGCUGCAAACCAUGUGGGAGUUAUGGGGAUUACCCGGUCGAGAGGUGCUUGAAGAGUAUGGAGAGGGCGUUCAACUUUGCGGAUAAUCAAGUGCUGAAAUUGUACGGAUUCAGGCACAGGGGCUUGGUGAGCCCGAAUAUCAAGAGGAUCAGGAACGAGUCUGUUACUCCUCUGGUAAAUGUAGAUCAGUUCGAUAUACGGCACUCUUUGCAUGAGUCUUCAGUGAGCAAAACUCUGUAGGUAAUGUGAUUUUCUGUUACAUUAUAAGAUUUGAGUUCGGUAAAGUUUCAAUCUGUUUUGAGUUUAAUAGAAUUUUGAAGUUAGUACAAACUAUGGUUUCUUCUGUUACAUUUAUUACUCUGGAAACAUAGGAAGAGAAUGAUUUUAGUAA